CUGUAACUAGAGCAAUCACACAUAAUUCCCAAGUAAAAAUCCCAAGUGGGAAACCCCACUAAGCCCAUUCUUCUCUUCUGUGUGAAAAUGGUGGAUGCCAUAGUUCUAUACCCUUCUUCAGGCAGAGGCCAUCUAAACUCCAUGGUAGAGCUUGGCAAGCUCAUACUCAAACAUCACCCUUCUUUCUCCAUCACAAUCCUCAUCUUAAGUGAACCAAACACAAAUACUAACUCCACCGCACCCAAUUACGUAGCAAGCUCUACCACCCAAUACAUCACCACCGUCAAUUCCACCACCCCAUCUAUCACCUUUCACCACCUCUCACCCAUCUCUGAAGUCCCACCCAGAACUGCUUCCCCUGUAGAACUCUGCUACUUAAUACCACGCCUCAACAACCCAAAUCUCCACCAAACCCUGAAAACUAUUUCCCAAACCUCCAAACUCAGAGCUUUUAUCAUUGAUUUCUUCUGUGAUUCUGCUUUCGAAGUGGCCUCAAACCUUGACAUCCCCACUUACUAUUUCUUCACCUCUAGCCCAAGCGGCCUAGCUGCAUUUCUAUACCGCCCCACUUUGCAUAAAAAAGUGGAUAACAGUUUGAAAGAUCUCCAUGGUAAUAUGCUUCUUGAUGAUAUUCCUGGCUUACCUCCGAUUCGGGUUUCGGAUAUGCCGAAAACUAUGUUCGAUCGCACUAGUUCUAAAUUGUACCAGUAUUUUCUUAACACAGCAACGCACAUGGCCAAAUCAAAUGGACUUCUUGUAAACACGUUUGACUUGCUCGAAACAAAAGCUAUCAAGGCAAUCUCUGGUGGACUAUGUGUCCCACAUGGACCAACUCCGCCAAUUUUCUGUAUUGGACCUUUGAUAUCAAACACCAAUCAAGAUGGAGAAGAGCACGAGUGUUUGAAUUGGUUAAACUCACAACCGAGCCGAAGCGUUGUGUUUCUAUGUUUCGGAAGCUUGGGAUCUUUUUCGGAGAAACAGUCGAAAGAAAUAGCGGUGGGUUUAGAAAACAGCGGUCAAAGAUUUUUGUGGGUUGUGAGAAAUUCACCGCUGGAUAAGGAUAAAGAUCCAAACUUGGAUGAAUUAUUGCCAAAGGGUUUCUUGGAAAGGACCAAAGGUAAAGGUUUUGUGGUGAAACAAUGGGCUCCACAGGUGGCAGUACUGAGUCAUGACUCAGUGGGUGGGUUUGUCACUCACUGUGGGUGGAACUCAGUGCUUGAAGCAGUGUGGUGUGAAGUGCCAAUGGUUGGCUGGCCUUUGUACGCAGAGCAAAGGUUGAAUAGGGUGGUUUUGGUGGAGGAAACGAAGUUAGCGUUGGGGUUAAACGAUUCGGAAGAUGGGUUUGUGAGUGCAACUGAGUUGGAGAAGCGAGUGCGGGAGUUAAUGGACUCGGAAGUGGGGACAGAGGUGAGAGAAAGAGUGUCGAGUUUGAGAGAAGAAGCUGUGGCUGCUGUGAAAGAGGGUGGGUCCUCUCAUGUUGCAUUGGCGAAUUUGGCUGAGUUGUGGAGGCAAAACUAGUACGAGUUCGCUCAGCUAACAUAACUCGGUGAGCUUUUCCACUGUUCUUUCUUCGCCACUGUUUUCAUUAUUGAAUUUUAUUUAGCUGUUGGUGUGCAUCACAAUUCACCGCACAGUCACAGCAUGAUCAAAUAGCUGGAUGUGUUUAUCAUGGAUUUACCACUUAAGGGCACAUCAUACACGUAUACAACUCCUAUAUCUAUAUAUUCUUAAAACAUGGAAGUUAAUUGUGCUUUGUAGUGGUGUUUGUUUUAAACAGUGUUGGUUAAAGAAAGAAAGAAAAAAGUGUGCAAAACAAUUCUUUCCCCUAUAUUAUCACGGGGUUCGAUUUAUGUAGUUUUUUUAAACUGAUUUAGUGAAAUUUAAUGG